UCUUUUAAUAAUAAUUUUUGUUAUCAAAUGUCCUCUUGAUGGGUUAGAUUGUACUUAACUCGUUGGUUGACCUUUUGAAGAACAGAAAUCAUACCAAAUACUAAAUUUCUUCAUCUCUGAGACCAAAACUCUGAGGAAUUCGAAAAUGGGUGAGAUUAUUCUAAGUUACGUUGUGGAACAAACUCUUGAUAGAAUCCUGGCUCUUGUCUCCAACGAAAUCGAACUUUUCCGGCAUGUCGGUGAUGAGCUGGAUCGCCUCAGAAACUCACUCGACGAAGUUCGUGACAUACUGUUACUUGCUGACCAAGCCAAACAGGCGAAACUUAAACUGAAGAGUGUGAAUCGUUGGCUGAAUCAGCUCAAAGAUGCUGCUUAUGAUGCUGAAGAUGUUCUUGAAGCUGUCAUCUACGAGGAUCUUCGUCGAAAAGUAGAGAACCAAAACCAAGCAACCAAGGUAUCCCAUUUUAAUCCACUCCCCAAGAUCACCCGUUUUACUAAAAAAACUAUUUUUCGCACCAAAAUUGCUCAUAAAAUUAGGGAUGUGAAUGAUUUGUUGGAUAAGAUUAUAAAUGCCAGUGCCUUUGGACUUCAUGUAAUCACUAGAGAAAGAUCGCAGAUCGACUUGAACCGAGUUACUGACUCUGUACCUGAAAAUCGUAUUCUUGGGAGGGAGGGCGAUGUGUUCAAAAUUGUUAACUCGUUGAGUAGCGUUUGUGAUGAAGAGAUUCUUGUUGUCAUUCCCAUUGUGGGAAUGGGCGGUCUUGGCAAGACCACAUUAGCUCAAUUGAUUUGUGAGAAUGUGACGGGGAAUAUGUUUGAUGUAAAGAUUUGGGUGUGCGUUUCUGAUAAUGCUAAUGACCAGAAAAUUCUGGGAGAAAUGUUGCAAACUCUUAAUGGAGACAGAGGCGGGUUAACUAACAAAGAAGCCAUUCUUCAACAGCUUGAAAAGGAUUUGGAAAGAAAAAGAUUUCUUCUCAUUCUUGAUGAUGUAUGGGGUGAUGUAUCUACUUGGUGGGACAGUUUGAAGACGCGUUUGUUGAGAAUCGGUCGCGAUAAGGGAAAUGUCAUUAUAGUCACCACUCGUAGUGAGGAAGUGGCGUCUUUGGUGGAGUCUUCUUGUGAGCUUAGGCAUAAUUUGAAUGUGUUGACUGAUGAUGGUUGCUGGUCCAUCAUUCAGGAAAGAGUGAAAGCGAAUAGAGAAAUGUCCAUUCCUUCAGAUUUGGAGGCGAUUGGGAAGGAGAUUGCAAGAAAUUGUAGAGGAGUACCCUUAGCUGCAAAAGUUUUAGGGGGGACAUUAGGGGGUCUUGCGAGGGAAAAAGAAGCUUGGGAGUCAAUUAAUAAUAGCACUGUUUUGGAUGCAGCCGAUCACAAGGAUAAUGUGAAGUCAAUAUUAAAACUAAGUUUUGAUCAUUUACCUUCAUAUUUGAAACAGUGUUUUGCAUACUGUUCAAUUUUUCCUAAAGAUCAUUUGCUUAAAAAAGAACAGUUAAUUCAGCUCUGGAUGGCUGAAGGUUUUAUUGAACCAUGUAAUGCAGAUGUGGGCGAACGGUAUUUUAAUGCCUUACUCCAUAACUCUUUCUUUCAAGACGUGGAGAGGAACAAAUACCAUGAAAUAGUACGUUGCAAGAUGCAUGAUCUUGUGCACGAUCUUUCGACGUCUCUCUCUAAGCUGGAAUUAUUGACUUCGGAUAACUUUUCAUCAGGUGAUGAUUUUUCUUGCAUUCGCCGUUUUAAUUUAGAAAGUCAAAAGGCAUCAAGUUUAAGCGUGAUUCAUGCUCGAAAAUUACGCACCGUCUUCUUGCUGAAGGAUAUGGUCCUUGAUGAGUCAUGGUGGAAGUUCAAAAACUUGCGAGCUCUAAACUUGAAAAGUUCUGCGAUUGAAGAGUUGCCAUCUUCAAUUGGUGAUUGUAAACUCUUGAGAUAUCUCGAUGUCUCAUACACUAAUCUUAGAGCGUUGCCUGAGUCUAUCACCACUCUUUAUGGUUUGCAAACUUUGAGAUUCCUUGAUUGUUGGUCACUUAAGGAGCUUCCUAGAGAUAAAAUGAGCAAUCUAGUGAGCUUAAAGAAUAUUCAUUUUUCCUGGGAUGAGCAUAUGCCGAGUGGACUGGGGAGGUUAACUUGCCUUGAAAACUUGCCCUUAUUUGUUGUGGGUAGUAAUUGGGGAGGGAGUAUUCAAGAACUAGAAAGUUCAAAUGAACUAAGAGGAAAGUUGACCUUAAGACAUCUCGAGAAUAUUAGAGACAAGGAAGAAGCUGAGAAAGCGAAUCUAAAGACGAAGAAGAAGAUAACAUCCUUGAAUUUUGUGUGGACACGUGGAUCUAUAAAAAAUAGCAACAAUGAAGAGGUGUUGGAAGCACUGAAGCCUCAUCCAAACAUUGAGAGCAUGGAGAUUGAGCAUUAUAUGGGUGAAAAUUUUCCAGCAUGGGUGUUGACAAUGCAAGUUCCCAGUGAAGGUGGUAGUUUCACGCUAUAUAAUAACUUGGUGAAGCUGACAUUAAAUGGUUGCAGUAAAUGCGAACAAAUCCCAAGCCUCGGAUAUCUUCAAAGUCUUAAAUAUCUCAAGAUAAGUUGGAUGAAGAAAUUAAAAAUUCUAGACAAUGGAUUUUAUGGCAUUGGUAGUGGUGGUGGCACAAGCAAUGGACAGAGGCUGUUUCCUGCAUUAAAAAGUAUCCGUUUAAGUUUUUUGAAGAAUCUAUUUGAAUGGAGGGCACCAGAGCUAGGUGACAGUGAGGCUGUUGUUGCUUUUCCUUGCCUCGAAGAGUUGAGCAUCGAGGCUUGUCCAAAAUUGGCGAAGAUCCCAAUGAAAAAUCUUCCUGUAUCCCUCGUAAAACUGAAAAUUGAAGGGUGUGAUCAGUUGAGUUAUUUAUUUGACGAAAUCCAUUCAUUCACUUCUCUUAAAAGUUUGAUCAUGGUUAACUGCAGUAAACUAACUUGUCUUCCAAGCGCGCUGCAAUCCUUCACGUCGUUGGAGAUUUUGAUUAUCGAUAACUGUAUUGAGCUGACAUCUAUUGAUGAAGGCUUAGGGAGAUUGAAUUCUCUCAUUUCCUUGGAAAUCAGAAAUUGUGAAAGAUUGAGUAAUUUUUCUGAGAAGAUUUUAGGCAGUCUCACCGGAUUGAAGACAUUGACAGUUGGAAAUUUCUCAGAGAAGUUGGAAGAUGGCUCUUAUAUGAACUCAAUCCAAAACAUUGCUUCUCUUGAAGGAUUAUCAAUAUUUGGGAAAAAUCUGAAGUCUCUGCCACAUCAAAUUCAAUGGCUCGCUUCCCUCAACCAUUUCACUAUACAUGAUUUUGAUAAAUUGGAAGCUUUGCCAGAGUGGUUGGGCAAUUGUUGCUCUCUUCAGGACCUUGUUAUUACUAAAUGUUAUAAUCUGAAGAAUCUACCAACGGCAGCAGCGAUGAAACGCCUCUCCAAAUUGAGAAGAGUUUGGAUUGUUGAUUGUUCUGCAUAUCUUAUGGAAAGUGGCAAAAACAAGAGUGGCUCUGAGUGGGAUAAGAUUUCUCAUAUUCCCGACCUCAAUUUUCAUAAAUCAGAAUAACUGGUUCAUUCUAUUGUAUUCAGUUCAAAUUGUGUGUUCUGAUGAAACAUUGUGUUUGUUUUGUUGAAUUCAGGAGAUGGAUAAUUCUAUCUACCUUAGUGAUAUUUUCAAUUAGCUCA